CAAUGUACUUAUAUAUAUUUUCCUUCAAUAUACAUUUUUCUCCUACAAAUAUUACGACAUUUAAUUGACUAUUCUAUUACUUUUUCAGAUUUUCUGCUUCAACCGUUUCGCAAGCCAAAACGUGUGCGUACCGCGUUCUCACCCACGCAACUGCUAAAGCUGGAACAUGCCUUCGAAAACAAUCACUAUGUAGUGGGCGCCGAGCGGAAGCAGCUGGCACAAGCAUUGAGUCUCACAGAAACGCAGGUCAAAGUUUGGUUUCAAAAUCGCCGCACCAAGCACAAGCGCAUGCAACAGGAGGGCGAUAGUGACUCGAAAAGUCAGAAGGGCAGUCAGGCGGGCGACAUGGAGGCGAGUAAAAACGAUAGUUCACAAAAUAGUUUCGAUGAUCAGGAGGAAGACGACGAGGAUGAGCUCAUCGAAGAGGACGAGGACGAAGUGAUCGAUAUGGAUGAUUAUGGCAGCGAAAUGGAUGCGGAAGAGCAUCAACGAUUACGCGAACAAUUUCAACAACAAUUGCAGCAACAUCACGAACAACUGCAACAACAUAUGCAACAACAACAACAACAGCACGCUUAG